AUGGGAAGGUCGAAGUCCGGGGGCUCGUUCUGGGGCAACUUGUUCAGAGGCGGCCGCCGGUCAUCAUCAUCGUACGGGGACUACGGCGCAGCGGAGGAGUACGGCGGCGGCGGCGGGAGGAGGGUGUGGGCCAGCGACGAGGACAAGGCGGGGAAAUGGGUGGCGGAUCCUCGAAUCGACACAAAGGCUUCAGCUUUCAUCGCGCACUUCCAUGCUUCACGGAUCUCCGAGGCCGAACACAUGAUCUUCCUCGCCGCCAACCCUCCUCCUCCUCCUCCUUCCUAA